UUAGUCAGCAUCUAAUCAAUAAUUUGAAAAAACGAAACUACAUAAAACACUAUAACCAGUGCUGUCUGCACAGGCGCGAUUUAGCUUAAUUCUAGCCGUUGCUGCAGUCAAUAACCACCACCACCACCAUCAUCAUCAUUCGGUCGUGGUUGAGACAAGAUGGCGACGCCGAUGUUGUCGUUAAAGCAUUAAAAGCCUUUGGAGGUCGUAUGUAGAAUCACCCGAGUGAGAGCAAGCUUGCCAAGGGACACUACAGACAUAAAGCUGCCUGUGUGACAUCUUCGAAGAGUCGCUGCAUUACCACUACCUAACAGAGAAAUGUCACAGCAAGGUUAAGUCUUAACACCGAUUAUGGAUACUCUGUGCGACAUGAUGUUCGCUGCUAACGUUUGGAACAUCGAAAUUCGAGAAAGAGCUACUUUCACGCAGUUCAUGCUCCGUCAGCAAUCACUGAAACUAUACCGGGACAUCCUACGAUCGCUGCGUCAGCUUGACAACAAGGAUCAAGCUAAAGAGAUCCGUCAGUGGGCUCGCCAGGACUUCGAGAGCUGUAGACAUCUACAGGACCCUGAGGCGAUCAAGAUGCACCUGGCACGGGGCAAGCUCGCUCUCAAAGAACUGCAUGCGUCUCUGCAGCUGGCGAAAUAAGCACCGCGU